CUUUGAUUGAAUUUUAGUGUUAGCAAAAAUAUAGGUUCCGAAAUGGAAAAUCUAUCAACUAAAAGAGAAAUGGACUGGUUAAAAGUCUUAUUUCAUUUACAAUUAUUUAUUUCUUUCCUGUGCAGUUUACAUUAUUUAAUAAAUGAAGCAUAUUGGACAACAACAAUAUAUAGUAUUUUCAUCAUUUUAUUGUCAGUACUUGGCGUAACCGCAGGUGCUCAUAGACUUUGGGCACACAAAUCAUACACAGCAAAUACAAAACUAAAAUUUUUUUUGGCAUUAUGUCAAACAUUAUCAGGAAGCGGUUCUAUAUACGAUUGGGUAAGAUGGCAUAGACUCCAUCAUAAACAUUUUAACACUAUAUUGGAUCCAUACAAUCCGAGCAAAGGGUUUUUCUUUUCUCACAUUAAAGGUAACACUUUAUCAUUAAGUCCAGCACAAGAAAAGUCACUAGAUGAAAUUGACAUGUCUGAUGUUGAAGAAGAUAAAAUUGUUAUGUUCCAAAAAAAAUAUUAUAUCCCCCUUUACUUUAUUGUAACAUUAUUGUUGACUCUUAACGCCCCAGCAGAAUAUUGGAGUGAAAACAUUGUGUCAUCAAUUUUUGUGGCUGGUUGGUUUAGAUAUUUUGUAACCUUACACUUAGUAUGGCUUAUAAACAGUGCAACCAAAAUUUGGGGACUACUGCCUGGUGAAAAAUAUCCAUGCGACACGAAUUUGGUAUUUAUCCUAAGCAAAAAUUAUUGGCUUUCAUACCAUUACUUAGCACCAUGGGACUACCAGACCAGUGAAUACAGCAAAUACGGCACUGAUUGUGUGUCAAAGUUCAUUAGAGUUUGCGCAGCACUUGAAUACGCCACUGAUUUAAAAACAGUGGAUUGCAAGACUGUUCAAAAAGCCUUAAUUCAUUCAUUACAUGAAAACAAAAGCAUAAAUGAAGCACUUUUAGAAUCUGAAGCAAAUUCUAAAAUACCAGUUGAACAUUAUUUAACACCAUUCAAAUAUCAAUGAAAAAUAAAGUGUUAGAAAUAUAGUUUAUGAUCUCUUGUGUAAUGAUUGAUUUAAAAUAAAUUUUUAAUAUACAAAUACAAAUAAAUUUUGUGAUGCGAUAAUUUAAAAAUA